CCCUUAUCGAAAUUGCGGAAUAUUAAGUCUCACGUAAAUCUUGAUUAAAAAUAUUAAUUUGACGAUUUUAUAUCCUAUUUGCUUAUCUUGCCAAUUUUUUCACAAAAAUAUCAAUCACAAGGAUUAGAGCGAAAUCUACAUUCAAACCUUGUAUAUUUAUAACCACGAAUUUGAGAUUACAAAUUUAAAUUAUGCAUACAACUAUAACAUAUUAACCUAAACUAUUCUUGAAAAGUCACUGGAUUGAGCAAAUUUGCUAUCAUGAUAGACCCAAGCUCUAGUGAAGAAGAGGGAGACGAAGAUAGCGUCAUUAAUCUACCAAGUAAAGGUCGUGUCUCAGCUCCACAUAAAGCAACGACACUUGCCGCAGGACCAUCAUCAACAAGCACUGGGACUUUACCAAUUCUGACAACCGUUCCGAGCGUCCAUAAUGGCGAUUUUAUUGGAAGCCACAGACCGUCGGCAUCAAUACCUGGCAAUACCAACGCAGGAAUUGGAGUCGGAACAUCAAAAAUGAUCAAACUCAAUUCAACACAAAGUUCUAAUCUUGAAGUGCCCAACAAUGGAAUUCCAAGUGGUAUUUCCCAAGAAACAUUAAAUCAAAGCGUCGGAUCGUCGAGAGCCAACUCGUUACCUCGUCCACUUUCACCAUCUUCAUCGCUUGCUAGUGAUAAACAUGAUGCCGGAGAUCCUCACGAGAAACACGAGCGUGAAGAGGAAGAGCGGAAACGUCGUAUUCAGUUGUAUGUAUUCAUAUCACGGUGCAUAUCUUACCCAUUUAAUGCUAAACAACCAACGGAUAUGACAAAACGGCAACCAAAAAUCACAAAGCAACAGUUGGAGAUAGUCACACAACGAUUUCAAGCCUUUUUAAAAGGAGAGACACAAAUAAUGGCUGAUGAAGCAUUUCAAAAUGCGGUUCAGAGCUAUCACGACGUCUUAAAAUCGGAGCGUGUUAUGAAGAUGGUUCAGUCAGGGGCAUGCUCACAACAUGAUUUUCGCGAAGUAUUUCGUAAUAACAUUGAAAAACGAGUAAGAUCUUUACCUGAGAUCGAUGGCCUCAGUAAGGAAACAGUGUUAACAUCGUGGAUGGCAAAAUUCGAUAUUAUUCUUAAGGGCAGCGGCGAUGAAGAUACAAAGCGUCCAUCACGUAUGCAGCAGUCCUUAAAUAGUGAGCUUAUUCUAUCUAAGGAACAACUCUAUGAUAUGUUUCAACAGAUUUUAUCUGUGAAAAAGUUUGAACACCAAAUCUUGUUUAACGCCCUAAUGCUCGACUCUGCAGAUGAGCAAGCGGCGGCCAUCAGGCGAGAAUUGGAUGGUCGUAUGCAAAAGGUUGGAGAAAGAAAAAAUCGAAAGCUAAUGCCAAAAUUUGUGCUUAAGGAAAUGGAAUCUCUUUACAUUGAGGAAUUAAAGUCUUCAAUUACUUUAAUGGCAAAUUUGGAGUCACUACCUGUAUCUAAAGGUAACAUGGAUAGUAAAUAUGGCCUACAAAAGUUAAAGCGUUACAACCACAGAAAAAUGAUUUUACGUUCGCAUGGAUCCCUAUCGAAGUUAGAGGGUGACUCUGAAGAUGGUACCACUCAAUUGACCAAAUUGGACGUUGUUCUCACAUUUCAAUUAGAAGUGAUUGUUAUGGAGGUAAAAGGGCUCAAAUCAUUGGCACCUAACCGCAUUGUUUACUGUACAAUGGAAGUUGAAAACGGUGAAAAACUCCAAACUGAUCAAGCCGAGGCUUCCAAGCCUAUGUGGGACACACAAGGCGAUUUUACAACCACUCAUCCUUUACCAGUAGUUAAAGUAAAGUUAUACACGGAAAAUCCUGGAAUGUUAGCCCUGGAAGACAAAGAAUUAGGGAAAGUGACUAUAAAACUCCCGUUAUCAUCAAAGUCACCAGAAUGGCAUCGUAUGAUAGUCAAAAAUGUACAAGAUCAAGAUGUGCGAAUCAAGAUAGCAUGCCGAUUAGACAAGCCUUUAAAUAUGAAGCAUUGUGGGAAUCUUUACGCAAUUGGGAAAUCUGUAUGGAAAAAGUGGAAACGACGUUAUUUUGUUUUAGUGCAAGUUUCGCAAUACACAUUUGCAAUGUGCAGUUAUAAGGAAAAGAAGUCUGAGCCAUCCGAGAUGAUGCAAUUGGAUGGAUAUACGGUAGACUAUAUUGAAGCUGCAAGUGCAAAUUUAAUGUUUGGCAUCGAUUUGAACGGGGGUCGAUUUUUCAACGCAGUACGGGAGGGUGAUAGCAUCGCAUUCGCGUGCGAUGAUGAAAAUGAAUGCAGUCUCUGGGUAAUGGCAAUGUACCGGGCAACCGGGCAGUCGCAUAAGCCAACACCACCUAUAACACAGGAUAAAAAUUCGGCAAUGUCCAAAAUUCAAGGUGAUGCAGAUAAAGCUCGUAAACAUGGCAUGGAGGAUUACAUAAGCGCCGAUCCGUGCACAUUCGAUCAUGCCAAUUUAUUUAAAACCUUGCAAAACUUAACGCUCGAAUAUAGAUUAAACGAUCCUUAUGCAUCUUUGGGUUGGUUUAGUCCUGGACAAGUUUUUGUUUUGGACGAAUAUUGCGCGCGGUAUGGUGUACGUGGAUGCUAUCGACAUUUAUGCUAUCUUUCCGAUCUUUUGGAUCGCGCUGAAAAACAUCAUAUGAUUGAUCCCACAUUAAUCCAUUACUCGUUUGCAUUCUGCGCGAGCCAUGUCCAUGGCAAUAGGCCGGAUGGAGUAGGCAGCAUAACACAAGAGGAAAAGGAAAAGUUUUCCGAAAUUAAAGAACGUUUGCGGCAAUUGCUUGAAUUUCAAAUCACGAAUUUUCGAUAUUGUUUUCCAUUUGGACGACCAGAAGGAGGACUUAAAGCGACACUAUCAUUACUUGAACGCGUUCUGAUGAAAGAUAUUGUGACACCAGUACCACCAGAAGAAGUGCGUCAAAUGAUAAAAAAUCUGGAAACGGCCGCACUCGUCAACUAUACACGACUUUCGGCUGAAGCAAAAAUCGAAGAGGAUUUACGCGGAGAAAUGAUUGUACCGCCACCCAAGAAAUUGGAGGACCUUAUUCAUCUCUCUGAACUUUGCGUUGAUUUAUUGCAGCAGAAUGAGGAGCAUUAUGGUGAGGCGUUUGCUUGGUUCAGCGAUCUGCUUGUUGAGCACGCAGAGAUAUUCUGGUCUUUUGCUGUUGACAUGGAUCGCGUACUAUCCGAACAGGCACCAGACACUUGGGACUCAUUCCUAUUCCAAAUCCUUAACGAUUAUUUACGAUCUGAUGAUAAUUUGCGUAAUGGGCGAUUCCACCAGCAUUUGCGUGAGACAUUUGCACCGUUGGUUGUGCGGUAUGUGGAUCUCAUGGAAUCGUCUAUAGCACAAUCUAUUCAUAAAGGCUUUGAAAAAGAGCGUUGGGAAAGUAAAGGGAUAAACGCCGCUUUGAAUCCAGUUGCAUUAAACAAUGCAGCGCAGGCGCUGAAUACGGCAGCACUCAACCCGGCGGCAUUGCUCAGUGGCAAGAAAGAACAAGUCAAUUUCUAUGUGCCGAAGCUACCUAGGGGCACAGCUAGUACAGCUGCCUCUACUAGUGAUGAAAUGAGAAAUGGUUGCGCUACUUCAGAAGAUCUCUUCUGGAAAUUGGAUGCACUUCAAUCAUUCAUCCGAGAUUUGCACUGGCCAGAUGCGGAGUUUCGUCAACACUUAGAACAACGAUUAAAGAUGAUGGCCGUUGAUAUGAUAGAACAAUGCAUACAGCGAACAGAUUCAAUGUUCCAGUCAUGGCUAAAGAAAAAUGUUGCCUUUAUUUCAACCGAUUAUAUAAUACCGUCAGAGAUGUGCGCUAUGGUAAAUGUGAUAUUAGAUGCUAAAAAUCAAAGCUUUAAAUUAACUACCAUCGAUGGUAUUGAUCUGUACAAAUUCCAUGCGAAAAUCGAUGAUCAAAUCGACAAAGCGAAUGUAGCAAUGACACAAGGUCUGAGUGGCAAACUUAUGUCAGUGCUAGAGUCGACUUUGUCUAAAUUGGCACGAUAUGAUGAAGGCAGUUUGAUUGGCUCAAUCCUUAGCUUUACAAACGUGUCGAGCUCAGGGAAGGAUCUUGGACAAGGCUACGUUAAUUUCUUUCGUAACAAUAUGGAUCAAAUUCGUGGUAAAAUUGGCGAUGAUCUAUGGACCCUUAAUUUCUUCGAACAGUGGUAUGCUCAGCAAAUCAAUAUGCUAUCCAAUUGGCUGUCGGAUCGAAUGGACCAUGCGUUACACUAUGCGCAGAUUACAUCCAUCUCACACAUUAUUAAGAAGAUUUAUUCAGACUUUGAGCUGCAGGGUGUUUUGGAGGAUAAACUUAACUCGAAAGCAUAUCAGACAGUUGCCCAACGAAUGACGGCUGAGGAGGCAACUUGUGCUCUUUCAAUGCCCGAUGUUGCUGAUGGAGAUGAACAUAUUGAUGAUAUUCAUAAUGGCGAUGUGGAAGAUGGUGUUGGCGAUGAAUCUGGCGGCCAUGCAUCGUCACGGAGCCUGCCAAAGCCAAAAAUAGCAGCCGCUCAAGCAGCGGCUGUCACCAACGUAGUCGCUGGCCGUGUUGGCAAUUUGCUUGGUAAAGGCAUUGGUGGACUUAGCUCAAAGCUAGGAAGUGGUGGUUGGUUUUGAGUCGCCAACAUUCGACACUUUCUGCAUGUCUGUCCUUAUUUAAACCAGGCGUCCAGUCCACUAUAUAAAAUUUGCUUUGUAGUUUUCUGAGCCAAGUCCACAGACGUCACAUGAUUGCUUAUUUAAUAACAAAAUGGAUAAAAUAUACUAUAAUACACCAAUCAAUCCCUACUUAUGUAUAUGUAAAAAAUAGUCUUUAAAAUGCAUUCCAAAUAUUAAAUUUUACACUUUAGGACUUUGAAACUAGUCAAAGUUUAAGUAACUAAACCAAUGUAUAUCUAUUUCCGUGUUUUUUAAUUUUUGUGCUGAUAUAAAUUAAAACAUAUGAAACAUUGUAUCUUAGCCGAUUAUUUUAAACAAAUACAUAAAUUUAUAUUCAAUACUUAUAUGUUACAUACAUAACAUUAUUACCUCUUUAAUUAUUACUAUAAAUAAUAACAUUUUUAUUAUUAUACUAUAAUGUGAAUUGGCUUCAAUGCUAAUUUCUUUAUCAACGCAAUAGCAAAUUUGAGAAUAUAAGUAUAAUACAUAUGAACGAUAUAUUAAAGAUAUCUUCUUUACUCAUACAAAUGUUUAAUUAGUAUGAGUAAUACGUUAAAUACAGUUAAAAACUUUGGUAUUUUAUUUGAAUGAGUGAUAAAAGGAAUAUGGACGAUCUACAUAAGUGUUUUGUUGGCGUUUUGUCGGUUUCAAAGUAAUGUUCAUCAGUCUCAAGCAACCAGAAAUUAAGAAAUUGAAUUGAAUCUUCUCCAAAUCAAUAAAAGAUAUCGGUUAACAUUGUUACCUAUGUAGAUACAUAAAUGAUAUAAAUAGAGAAGGAUUAUCGUGAUCAGUCUUCUUGAGUAUGUUAAAGACCAGGGCAUGCAAAACAUUUAAAUGCAUAAAUAGUCAAACCAAGUCAUGCAAGCAGAUCACAAAAACUGACUUGCUUUUGUAUAUACAUAUGUAAUGAAUUUAAAUUGUUUUUUGUUAAAAAAUAUUCUCAUUAAAAAUUUCGUUAAUGGGUAUUUUGUGAAUUUAAUCUGCAUCCUUUCUAUGUCCAUAUAUUAAGCAAAUACAUAAUUAUAAUGUUGUAUAGAACGUUCUGUCCCCUUAUAAUAUAUAUUGAUAAAAAUUCUGUUCAUUGGCGCACUGGUCAAAGUUGGUUUUUUCUACAAAUUGAUCAACUCAUAAAAUUAAAUAUGAUUGAGUAUGUAUGCAAAUAUUGAGUAUACAAAAUGCAGUAAUUAAAGUUAAAACAAACAAUCUUUACCAAAAGAAUUACAGUGCAUAAAAUAUUUAGUUAGUUUAAAUAAAAACAUAUAUGUAGAUUUACAUUUAUUAAUUUAAAAUGCAUCUAAUAAACUCUAAAGCAUAGCACAUUGUGCCUAUCGGAGUUAAA